AUCAUGUGUACACAUUUUGUUACAUGUACUGCCUUUCCCCUUUAUUUUUCUUUAAUUUUAGUCACAUGCUGAUAAUAGUAUUACGGUUUCAUUUAGUUGGAGCGCUUUAAAAUCUUUCACAUAUCAAGAAAUAGACACAAAGUUGAAACAAACAUGGCGCAGGAUCACUAGCCUUUCUGUCGCCGGAAAAUGGGGAAGAAAGGAGGCGGAGGCGGCUGGUUUUCGUCGGUGAAGAAAGUCUUCAAGCAGUCUCCCACCAAAGAAUCCCCUGAAAAAAAGAAGGAAGAAGUGGAGAAAUGGCACUAUGAAGCUCCGGAGGAGGUGUCCCUCGAGAGUUCCCCCGGGUUCACCAACGGGGAGAGCAUAGAGUCCUCCCCUGUGGGUGAGGAUCCGAGCCAUGCCAUGGCUGUGGCCGCGGCCACAGCAGCCGCGGCUGAGGCAGCAGUGGCGGCCGCACAGGCGGCUGCCAAAGUGGUUAGGCUGGCUGGGUACGGCCGCCAGUCUAAGGAAGAUAGGGCCGCAACGCGCAUACAAGCCCACUACAGAGGAUAUCUGGCGAGGAGGGCUUUGCGCGCGCUCAAGGGGUUGGUGAGGCUGCAGGCUCUCGUUAGGGGUCACAACGUGCGGAAGCAGGCGCAAAUGACCAUGCGGUGCAUGCAAGCGCUUGUGCGCGUGCAAGCACGCGUUCGUGCUCGUAGGCUCCAGCUCACCCACGCCAAGCUUCGGGGCAAGCUGGAGGAGGAGGAGAAGCAGAGGAAGAAGUUUGAGAGUGAAGAAUGGGGUAGGAGUAGAAUGAGAAAUAGCCCUACAAGAAAAUUGCAUGAGUUUGAAGUCAAGAGGGACAGAGCUCUUGCCUAUGCUCUAGCCUACAACCAGCAACAAAUGUUACAUUCUGAUAUGAAUGAGCACAAUGUUGGGCAUGAAAAGUCGCAGUGGGGUUGGAAUUGGCUGGAGCGAUGGAUGGCGUCGCAACCCUACCACACCCGACAUGUGGUGGCGCGCGACGACAUUUCUGAGAAAACGGUUGAAAUGGACUUGGUUAUGGGUCGACUAAGCGGAGACUGUAUCGAAUCAAGCCCCUAUACACGAACACAAGCACGAACGCGAGGAGGGUGCAUGGUGGACGUCCCUAGCUACAUGGCCCCGACACAAUCCGCGAAAGCAAAGGUACGGACUCAAGGGCCGACUAAACAGCCCAGCCAGCUGCCGGGAGUACAGUGGAAUUCGUCUACAAAGAGAGUCAAUGGAUACGACUCGUCAAGUUCGGGUGGAGGGACAAUUUAUCAGGCUCAACGAAGCCCGAACCCCAAAGAUCGCGGCACGGCUAAGUGGAUGUGCAGCCCGGAGUCCAGCAGUGAGGAUCGGGCAUACUCAUCGGGCUCGAGACAUACUUUCGUGUGAUAUUAUCCAUAUUAAUAAUGUUGGUAUUCAUCUUAAUAUCAUGAGUCAAGACUGUUGUGUGAUCAAGUCUAUUAACUUAUGAUAAAACGUUGUGAAAUAAAUAAUUUUGUGAACAUCUCCACUAAAACAAAAAUGUAUAUUUGUUCCGACGUUAAUGGUCAUGAGUUUCGAACCUAAACUUUGGGAUUAUUGCAUCUAAUAUUGACCUACGUUUACCUA